AUGAUGUCGCGAAGUCAGUCAAGUUUGGGGUACAUGGAUUCAGGACGAGACGAGCCCUCGGCAGCAGGCGGAUCUCCGUCACUAAAUCAGUCUGCGUCGUCCGGUCCUAUCAACCUCUCCGGGCUGGUGUGCAAUGUGCGACGAACGACCGGCAAGGAGCCCCAUCCCCUUGUGGGCGCGACGACGACAAUUUUAGGCGAUAAGCUAUACGUAUUCGGAGGCCGGAUCCUCUCGCGCAGUCGCCCACAGUUGACGUCGGACCUUUACGAGUUGGAUUUGAUACGGCGCCAUUGGACGAAAAUCGAACCCGCUGGCGAUGUGCCGCCGCCGCGGUACUUCCACAGUGUUUGUGCGCUGGGUGAUAACAAGUUGGUUUGCUAUGGUGGCAUGUCGCCCGCGCCCAGUACGCCAAAGGAUCCAGAGAACCCUGGCGCGGAUUCGCAGUCGCAGUCAGAGGUCGUGGUCAUGUCAGAUAUUCAUAUUUUUGAUGUGCCAUCUCGGGCUUGGACUCGUGUUACUGCUCAUGAAUCUCCUCAGGGUCGUUAUGCGCACUGUGCUACGGUACUUCCCUCUAGUGCGUGCUUCACAUCUGCUAGCGCGCCGCUAUCUGCUAUCCAUCACAAUCCUGGGUCCUCUACUCACCAAGGUUCGCUUGGUGUGGAUAUUGACGGGUUCGGUGGUGCAGAAAUGGUGGUUGUCGGUGGCCAGGACAGUUCAAAUCAUUACAUUGAGCAGAUUAGUGUAUUCAAUCUGCGCAGUCUCAAGUGGACCAACACAAGUCCCCUGGGCCGGAGCUGCGGUGCCUACCGCAGUGUUGUGGCUCCUUUAGUUGGAAUGGAUGUAUCUGAAAUCGGCUCCUCUUCUCCAGAUCGUGAUCUGCAUGAGCCUAUUGAGAACACCGAGUCUCCUGGUUGCCCUAUGCUUAUCUACUCCAACUACAAUUUCCUGGAUGUCAAGCUGGAGCUGCAGGUGCGCCUGCCGGAUGGGCGCCUUGUUGAACGGCCGAUGCAGAGCCAAGCAUCUCCACCGGGACUCCGUUUCCCGAACGGUGGCAUUAUCAACGGCCAUUUUGUUGUAAGCGGUACAUACUUGACCUCGUCCAAGCAGGAAUAUGCACUUUGGGCUCUUGACUUGAAGACAUUGACUUGGGGACGUAUCGAUGCUGGUGGAUCCGUAUUUGGUCAUGGAAGCUGGAACCGAGGAGUGCUUUGGCCUCGCCGCAACUCUUUUGUAAUCCUUGGUCACCGGAAGCGAAGUCUUGUCGAUGAUUACAACCACCGUCGAAUUAAUUUCUCGCACGUUUGUUUGGUCGAGUUAGAGGCAUUUGGACUCUACAACAACCCAUGCCGCACUUCCCCAACCUCGGGAUACAAGUCUUAUAGCUCAUCUUCUGUUCCAGCAUCUUUGCAGAAGAAGCUGGUCCAGUUGACGUCCGGUGGACGGCCAUUGUCCGCUGCGUCAGAUGAGCUAGGCAAGCUUGCACAAUCCUUGCCAGAGAUGGCCGACAUGGAACUGCAGGCAGUGGGAGGAGAGCGCAUCUCCGUCAACUCCCGUGUGUUGACUCGGCGAUGGGGCCCCUACUUCAUUCAACUCUUACGCGAGUCGUCAGAAGGGGGAAUCGCAGAUACUGCGACUUUUCGUCCGGCCAUGGCUCACCCAAGUCGUAAUUCGAGUAUUACUAUCACUCCUUCAGUGGGUCAUAAUAGCAACUACUCUGAUGCGACUACUCUUGUGAACCCGUCUGUGCCAUCAAAGUCCUUGCUUGAGAACCUGGAAGCCCCUUCUGCGCAUACUUUGGCCCCAACCUCCAGACCGCGUGUGCUUUACCUUCCCCAUACUAUCCUGACCCUCCAAGUUCUCGUUCAAUAUCUCUAUACUGCAGCUCUUCCCCCUGCCGGCUCCUCAUUGUGCACCCCGCAAAUCCUCUGUUCUCUUCUCCAGCUUGCACGCCCUUACCAAAUUGACGGGCUUCUCGAGGCCACCGUCGAACGACUGCAUCAAGUCCUCGACGGGCGCAAUGCCGCCGCCGUCUUCAACGCCGCAGCCAUGGCAGCCGGCGGAGGUCGUGGAACAGGAUUCAACAGCGGACCAGGUGGCACACUAGAGGCUCUCAACGGAGCCAACGCCAAUGGCGGCCGCAACGGCAGCAUACCAACAAUCGGCGAGCACAGCAGCUCCCACCAGAGUGGCCUAGCCUCAGACUCAUCCGACACAGAGAAUGGGGCCAUCUCUGCCUCAGCCGCCAGCAGCACAGGCGACCUAACCAACUUCGCGCGCGGUCUCCCUUCCCUCCGCAUCGACACCAACGUCUCCCAACACUCCCGCCAGCGCAGCUCCCAGCGCGAACGCGAAGACUCAAUGAGCAACGCAAGCACAGCAACAUCCGCCUCGAGCGCCAGCCAAUCCGACUCGGAAUUCAUCAGCGGUGACGAAGGACGCUCCCAAUCGCGCUCCACCCACCACCGCCGCGGCACAGACGCCGAACUCCGCCGUCCCCAACGCGAAAUCUGGACAGGCGAUCUGAGCAGCGUGAUCGGUCUCCAGAAACGUGGUCUGCGCGGUCUAAUGGAGGGUCGACGGAUGCGCGAGCGAAGCGCUAAACCGCCCAGCGGAGGCAGUGGCUCGACUUCUGUUCCGCCUUCUUCUGGUUCUGAUCAUCAUAUUCCCCUCCAGGGUGUUGCCAGCUGA